UGCAUAAGGAAUUCGAUUGGUCUAUUUUCUUAUGUAAAUGCUUGUAAACCAAUCAAUUUUCUUAUCUAUAUGCUUAUGCGCUUAUGCAAAUUUGUGUGGAUAUACCAUUAUGCAGCUUAUGCAUUUCGUGUGUGAUGGCCCGAAGUUUGUGCAGCAGCUCCAAUUUGUAUCAAUUUUUGUAUAUACUUGCAAAGAGUAACACGUCUGGUAUAUAUGUUAAUAAGAUAUCUAAUGUUAAAUGCUUUGAAAAGAUUGCACUUUAUAUGAUGGAUGUAUUAGAACCAGAAUUAAUUUGGGUUAAUGGACAGUGCUAUAGAUUUUAUGAAAGUACCGCUUGGAAAAACAUUCAUACGUCAGCCCCAUAUAUGGAGGACAAAGAAUCAGUAGAUUCAAAUGAGGAAUCUGAAACUGAUAUCGAAAUAGUGCCUCAUGAUACAUCUUUUAAGCAUACCUUUUAUGUACCCAAAAUCUUUUACUCACAUAUAAUUGGUACAAAAGGACUAACACGCAAGAAAUUGGAAAAUGAGACACGAACAACUAUUGAUAUACCAAAAAAAGGAAAGGAUGGAAAUAUUGUUAUUAUUGGACGGGAACGUAAGGCUGUAAUAUCUGCAAGACACAGAAUUGAUUUACUAAUAGAAGCUUCGAAGAAAAAGAUAAAUUACACACAUUUUUUGUCAAUUCCAUUGAAUAAGAAAGAAAUAAUUGAUAAAUAUCUUUCUUUUAAGAACGAAGUAUUGGAGAAAUAUGAUAAAGCUACAUAUAAUAUUGAUGAAUCAAUUUUUCAAACAUCAUCCAAAUUACACAUUACCAUUGGAAUGUUCAAAUUAUUUGAUGAUAAUGACAAAAAGAAUGCUAUCGACGCUCUCAUGAAUUGUAAAGAAAACCUUAUAGAUCCAUUUAUUGAAGAAAAUGGACCAUUAAAUAUACAGUUACAAGGAGUUGCAUGCAUGAAUGAUGAUCCUACUGAAGUUAAGGUUUUGUAUGCACAAAUCACACACAAUGAAAAGUUGCAAGAACUCGUUAAUAAAAUUGCUAAUUAUUUCAUUGAUAUAGGUUUAAUGGAGAGAGAAUACGACAAUAUAAAAUUACAUGCUACUUUAAUGAAUGUAUCAUUCAAAAAUGAUUAUCCAGCAAAACUUAAAGAUAGAUAUAAUGCAAGUGAAAUAUUAAAAGUAUAUAGAAAAACAUUAUUUGGAGAUACAAUAUUAAAUCAGAUUGAUAUAUCUGAACUUCAUACUGCUCCCAAAGAUGUUGCAUAUGUGGUAACAGAAUCCGAUAUUAUAGAAAUCAACGAUGGGAUUUCAACAAUAUUUUGUUCGGAACAUACUUUAAAAAUGAAUGGCACUUUUAAUGCUUUCCAAAUGACUCAUCGACCAGAAGUAACAUCGAAACGAAAACAUAUAAGGCUUAAAAAGAGCAUGAAAUUACCAGACGAUACAUUUGAGUAUUGGGGAUUUUAUUUAUUGAAAAAUGCGACUGUAGCACUUUCUGUGUGUUCGAGAUUUGAGGGAGCCUCUAUAUUUGUGGUAAAAGGAGAGAAGAAUCUACGCACUUGCGACUUAUUGGAUCACAAUAUUAAUAAGCAAAUGCAAGAUGUUUUCGCACCAGGUGCAAAUAAACAAGUUAAAAUAAUACUUCAAUCAAAUGCACAAGAAAUUGAUUCUGAAGAAACAACCACAUUCGAACCUAUUACAGCUAUGCACAAUAUUGACGAAACAGAGGAAUUAAUUUUAAAAACAAGCUCUGAAAAUCCUUUGGAAAGAAAUUUUGAGAAAAAUCCUAAUAACAGCACUUCAAUUUUUCAAGCUACGGAUGAAAAAUUGAUGAACAGUUUAGAGACAUUGUAUCAUGUUGCAACAUCUUAUAUUUCUAAACAUAUAAACAGUUUUCAAGAAAAUGUAAAUAACACUAGAAAAGAGAGACAUAUUGAACAUCAUAAAAUGAAGAACAGUAAACGAGUAAAGGAUGAAAGAAUGAAACAAAGGAAAAAAGAUGUUUAUAGUUAUGAUAAAAAAAUGCAUUUAAAGAAAUUAAAACAAAUUUUGCUUUCACAUAAAAUCGAAGAGAGAAAGAAACAGGAAACAGAGGAAGAAGACGAGGUAAACACCAAAAGAUUUAAAAGAAGUAGAGAACUCAUAAUACCAUCUUUAUUAGAUCAAGGCAUCAGGCAUGGUGGAAAUGCCGAUCAAAAUUACACCUCUAAUUCCAGCGAAAUGUCAUCUAUUUCCAGUUUCGAAAGUAGUUUAUUAAAUUGUUACAAUGGAGACAUACUAUUAGCUCAUGAAUUUCAACCUUCGACUCAAUGUACCAAUGUUUCCUACCUACUCAAUGGUAAACAUAUACAGGCAAAUCAUCAUGUCGAACAAGAUGGUUAUUAUUAUUACAUUUUUUAUAGCAAUAACGAUAUUGUGUCCAAUGAUAUUUAUACGAUUUUUGAUAUAUAUAAGCCAACUUUUCAAUAUGAAAACGUGACUAAAUCAUGUAUCAAUCAAACUGAAUGCUCAUUUCGUAUAAGACCGUUGUCAGCGGAUAGAGUAAUUGUUGAAAUACCAACCAAGGAUGGUAUAGAUCAGAACGAGGACGACGUUGAUAUGCUAAUUUCUAUCUGUCAGCCACGAAUGAGCACGUACAUGAUUUUCCCGAUAGCAGCAUUGCUCUUAAUUCUUGGUUGUGCUUUUAUAUAAAUAGAUCGACUGUAUUUAGAAGUACCUGCAGAUAUAAGUAUAAGUAAGAUUCCGUAAAAUUAUUAUUUCACAAAUCAAGAUAUAAAUUCUUUUAAUACAAAUUUACACGUGUGAAGCAAUAAAUUGAUUGAAA